CGUGUUGCCGAAGAUGGCGGAGAGUUUGUAGAGGCGUCAAGUAAACUGGUUUAGUCAAUGAAAGCGUCGACGCCGAAGCUGUUAAGACCCUGAGGUCUCAUAGAUCCUGAAUGGAGUUUGACUAGAGUUUGUACUGGCUAAGAAAAGCUCCCAGCAGCCUCAGCUCUGCUGGUUGUCAGUUUGAGGAUGCGAGCGUGACUGAGGGCUGAUGUCAUCUUUCUCCACUGCUGCAGAGGUGUGUACUUUGAGGGGCUGAUAUGCGUUGAAGAUGAGUGGCAUCGGAGACAACUCGUUAGAGCCGCUGUGCUCCGACCGCAAACGCAAACUGUCCACUUGUGACACGCCAGGAUUGGGGUGUGACAAGCGUCGGAGGGAACAGGAGAGCAAGUACAUCGAGGAGCUGGCCGAGCUCAUCUCUGCCAACCUCUCUAACAUUGACAGCUUCAACGUCAAGCCUGACAAAUGUGCCAUCCUCAAGGAGACCGUGAGGCAGAUCAGACAAAUCAAAGAGCAAGGAAAGAGCUCUUGCAGUGACGACGAUGUGCAGAAGGCAGAUGUGUCCUCUACUGGUCAAGGGGUCAUUGACAAAGACCAUCUGGGACCACUUCUCCUGCAGGCAUUGGAUGGCUUCUUGUUUGUUGUUAACCGAGAGGGAAACAUUGUCUUUGUGUCAGACAAUGUGACGCAGUACCUGCAAUACAAGCAGGAGGAGCUGAUAAGCACCAGCGUGUACAGCAUCAUCCACGAUGACGAUAGAGAGGAGUUUCACAGGAACCUGCCCAAGUCUAACGCAUCUAACGGGGCGCCGUGGGGCGGAGAGGCCCCCUGUCAGAAGAGUCACACCUUCAACUGUCGUAUGCUGGUGAACCUGGUUCACGGUCAGAGUCAUGGGCUGUCGGAUGAAAGGCCGAGAGGCCAGAGAUACGAGACGAUGCAGUGCUUCGCCCUCACCCAGCCCAGGGCCAUGAUGGAAGAGGGAGAUGAUUUACAGUCAUGUAUGAUCUGCGUGGCACGACGCAUCACGGCAGUGGAGAGGACGGAGAGGUUCACCACCCGCCAUGAGCUUUCUGGCAAACUGAUUGAAAUUGAACAUCAGAACACUCUUCAUACCACGAUGCGUCCAGGCUGGGAGGACCUGGUCAGACGGUGCAUGCAGAUGUUCCUCAAUAGAAGUGACGGGCAGCCGUGGUCCUACAAACGCCAUUAUCAAGACGCUUUCCAUACUGGCCAUGCGGAGACGCCGAUCUACCGCUUCUCUCUUUCCGACGGCACCCCAGUCUCAGCUCAGACCAGGACCGACCUCUACAGGAAUCCCAACACCAAUGAGCCGCACUCUUUCCUGUCCACACACUUCCUACAAAGGGAACACAAUAGCUACAGAGGGAACCAGAGUGGCGGUAUGAGGCCCCAGAACAUGGGUGGGAACAACCCCAACCAGCAGAUGGCCAUGAACAGAGGCUUUGCCAUGGCGGAGCAGGGCAACCUGCCACAAAGAGGAGUUCCUCCAUACGCUGCUCGCAUGAAUGCCAUGAACCAGAUGAAUCACAUGAGUCCUAUGCAUCAGAUGAAUCAAAUGAAUUCCAUGCAUCAGAUGAACAACAUGGGUCAAAUGAAUCAAAUGCACCCAAUGAAUCAAAUGGGCUCCAUGAAUCAGAUGGGUCAUCAUGGCAUGCAGCAGCACCCGCAGCAGCAGCAGCAGCACCCGCAGCAGCACCCGCAGCAGCAGCAGCAGCAGCAGCAGCACCCGCAGCAGCAGCAGCAGCACCCGCAGCAGCAGCAGCACCCGCAGCAGCAGCAGCACCCGCAGCAGCACAUGGGCCAGUUCCAUGCCGGGGGAAGUGUUCCUGGAGGCGCUGGUUAUGGGAUGGGUAUGACCAGCCCCCCUCAGGCCAGUCCAGGGAUCAGUGGCCCCCCGCACAACGUCAUGGGAUCACCCAGAGUCAGAGGAAGCCCCAAGACAGCAGCCAGCCCCUUCUCCCCUGGAGCUAUGAACUCCCCCAUGACCUCCACUCAUGCUGGUAGCUCUGGAGGAGGAGGAGGAGGCGGAGGCAGCUUCUCCAGCAGCUCCCUGAGCGCUCUCCAAGCCAUCAGUGAGGGAGUGGGCAACCCGCUGCCCUCGCCGCUCACCUCUCCUCUUCCUCACAAGCCUGAUAGCUCCCCCAGCAUCAACUCCACCAACCAUUCUUCAGGCGGCCCCUGCAAGGCCGGCGUUCCUCCGUACUCUGACUCCAAGAGCCCCGGCGGAGAGCAGCAGCCCCAGCACACACACACCCCCACCGGGGACGGGCCUCUCGACAAGCCCGACAGCCAAGCCUGCCUCGGCGGCGGAGAACCCAACAGACGCGUCUCUGAGAAGUGCAACAAGAAACUUUUGCAGCUCCUCACCUCUCCUACAGAUGAGCUGGUGCCAGCCAAUCACACAGCAAGCUCCGGGCCCAGCUCCACCCCCGACCCUAAGGAUGGAACCGCCGGCGUCACGAGUCCUUCCUCCUCCACCGGAGUGUCCUCUUCCACCAGCGGAGGCCACGGCGCCGUGUCCUCCAGCGGCGCCGGACAUCUGUCCAGCCAGUCGCUGCAGGAGAAGCACAAGAUCCUCCACAAACUCCUGCAGAACGGGAACACUCCGGACGAGGUGGCUCGGAUCACGGCCGAGGCCACCGGGAAGAGCAGCCUGGAUUCUGCCGCAGCGGAACCGGCACCCGCACCCGCCGGAGGAGCUAAGGGUGCAGAGUCCAAGAAAGAGCAGCACAGCCCUAAGAAAGAGAAGCCCCACGCCCUCCUUCACUAUCUCCUCAACAAGGACGACUCUAAGGAAGGGGGGGAUAUGAAACCAAAGCUGGAGGAUCUAGAGGGCAGAGGAGCCCAGGGGGCCGGGGUGACCAGCUCCGACCCACACUGCAUGGACGGCAAGGUGAAGCUGGAGCCGUCUGACGAGACGGAGACCCUGGAGACCAUUUUGGGAGUCCCCCGUAACAACGCCGGCUUCUACCCUGAACCGGACUCCAGAGCCGGGAAGGAAGUGGGAAACAAGCAGGGAGCUGUUUCUGACAGUUUGCAUGACGGGGAGAGGAGACUGUUCCCCCCAGGCCAGAGAGCAGCCUAUCAGAGAGCCUUGUCCAUGGACGCCAAGCCCAUGGGUGGAGAGAUGACGGUUGGAGGGGGACUGGCCAUGAGACGGAACGUCCCGUGUCCCACGCUGGUCAAACAAGAGGUCCCCGAGGCUCCGGUCCGACCUGCAGCCGUCCCCAACGGCUUCCCCGGAGGCAUGGGCGUGGGUCCACCCAGGGGACACCCAACAAGAGGCGUGGGCCGAGGCCUGGGGGUCCACCAGCGCCCUCCCAUGGCUGCUCCAGGGGACUGGGGCAUGGCCAGAUCCAGCAGCAGCGCCGGCAGCCCCGUGACUGGACCGGGACAUCCAGGCAUGGCCCGCUCCGGACAGAUGGGAGUACCGAUGAUGAAUCGCUCCAUCAGUGCCCCUGACAACAUCAGGUCCAUGCUGCAGCAGCAGCUCAUGGAUAUGGGCACCAAUGAAGACAAUAUAAGCAGAAGCCAGUUUGGCGGCCACGGCCCCCCCCCUCAGUCCCCGUCCUGGACAGACUCCGGCAUGGGGAUGGACAGACCGCAGCGCACCAUAAGCAGAGAGCGGCUGGGGCACCCCCUGGAGGAGCUACUCGGGCCCCUGGCCAGCAGUGACGGCCCCAGUGAUGAGAGGGCCCUUCUGGACCAGCUGGACUCUCUGCUCAACACGGCUGAUGUCAUUGCUCUGCAGGAGAUCGAUCGAGCGCUGGGCAUCCCGGAAAUAGCAGGCCAGCCCCAACGACCCGAAGGCCACCAGCAUGGCCAGGAUCCCCCAUCAGAGGCUUUUCCGGGUCUGGACUCCUCCAUGGGAAUGGAGCAAAACCCCAUGUAUGGCCAGGGGUACCCGGGGCCCCCCGGGCCCCCGGGGCCUCCUUCCAUGGGAAUGCAGCCUGGUUAUGCUGGCAGCAGCAUGCAAGGCCAGUCCCCCGCAGGCUUCAACCCCAUGAUGAACCAGAUGGGCCAGGCGGGGGGCUUCCCGGGCAUGCCAGGGAUCGGGGCCAUGGGGAACCCCCGGGCGGGGAACAUGGCUAGACCUCGCCUGAUGACCAACAACAAGCCUCUACGAAUGCAGCUGCAGCAGAGACUGCAAGGACAGCAGUUCAUGAACCAGACGCGGCAUGGUAUCAAGAUGGAAAAUGCUCCCAGAGGAAACCCUGCCAUGCGUCCGGGCAUGCAGCCGGGCAUGCAGCCGGGCAUGCAGCCGGGCAUGCAGCCGGGCAUGCAGCCGGGCAUGCAACCUGGCAUGCAACCUGGCAUGCAGCCUGGCAUGCAGCCUGGCAUGCAGCCUGGCAUGCAGCCUGGCAUGCAGCCGGGCAUGCAGCCGGGCAUGCAGCCGGGCAUGCAGCCUGGCAUGCAGCCGGGCAUGCAGCCGGGCAUGCAGCCUGGCAUGCAGCCUGGCAUGCAGCCUGGCAUGCAGCCGGGCAUGCAGCCGGGCAUGCAGCCGGGCAUGCAGCCGGGCAUGCAGCCGGGCAUGCAGCCUGGAGGAAUGGCUGGACAGACUAGUUUCUUAAAUUCCCAGAUGAUGGCGCAGCGCAGUAGGGAGAUGAUCACCAUCCAGAUGAAGAGGCAGAGGAUGAUGAUGCUGAUGCAGCAGCAGAGUCAGGCAGCAGCAGCAGCAGGAAGCUUCAGUCCCCCCCCUAACGUCACCGCACCAGCAGGCAUGGACAGCCCCAUGGGUGCCUCCCCCAUGGCUCAGCCCGGACAGCAAGCUUUCAGCUAUGGAGCAGGGAUGAGCCAGCAGGGGGAGUCCACCUUCAUGCCUACUGGCAGCAGGUCACCCGGACACAUGAUGCCAGGACGUAUGGGAGCUCCUCCACAGAGCGCCAUGGUGUCAGGGAUGCAGGGGAAUCCCCAGGGGGGGCACAUGUACCCGUCUGGAGACAUGAAAGGCUGGCCGCAGGGUGGCAUGCCACGGAACAACCCGUACCCCCAGCAGCAGUUCCCCCAGCAGGCCAGCCAGGGCCAGUUCAGGCCUAUGAUGAUGAACAACUCCAUGGCUGGACCUGGACCCGGCAGCGGCUCUGCUGCUGGACAGAUGGCCCAGAUGCAAGGACAGAUGCAAGGACAGAUGCAAGGACAGAUGCAAGGACAGAUGCAAGGACAGAUGCAAGGACAGAUGCAAGGACAGAUGCAAGGACAGAUGCAAGGACAGAUGCAAGGACAGAUGCAAGGACAGAUGCAAGGACAGAUGGGCAUGAACCCUAUGGGAAUGGGCCGAAUGCCGAUGUGACCCGUUCAGGUAGAUCCCACCUGGACCCGUGAGCCUGGACUUUUGGAACCUCGCCUAAAGACGUGAUAGAUGUCCAGCUUGUUCCUUGUUCUGGUUUCAGACGCAUUGACCUGCAGCUGACGUCAGAAUCUGGAAGAGCGGGCUGGACCAGGACAGGACAGGAGCCACACACACACACACACACACACACACACACACACACACACACCGGACGGACACAGGCGGAGCUCCCCAGAAACAGACUGUGACACAGAACACUCAGUACAAUGUACUGGCUGCAGUAGAGGAGGAGGACCCCAAAGACUCAGCCAUGCUCGGCUUCACCCGAACCUGAGCACGCAACUCAAAAACACAGCUCUGUGUGCAUGUGUGUGUGAGUGUGUGGGUGUGUUUGUGUGUGUGUGCGGGCCUGCAUGUGUCUGUUCAGGUAACUGACCUAGCGCUGUCAGCAGUAUUCAGCAUCAGUCGGGUCUGGGGACGACGGUACAACUGGCUGUGGCUGCACUUUACCAGGAGGUUUCUGUGUCGGUGGGGUUGAUGCAAUAUGUUUUCAUCGUUACAGCCUUACUAGAGAUUCAAUGCCUUCACGACGACGGGUUUAUUUGAGUUUUUUUGUAUCUUUGAAUGCGCCUCAUUCGUACAUCAUGGAAAGCUAUAAGCACACAGUUUACUGGGUUUAUGCAGAUUGGAGCAAUAAUUCCUGUCACGGAGCGCCAUCGUCCCUGUUGUGAGCAAACAGACGGUACUGCAGUAUUACAUGUCUCAAAUGUCCUCUGUGAACAUGAAGUGUAAAUAUUCAGAAUAUAUCAGACGUGCUUUUUAAAGGCCCAUUCUUGCACAAAGUAUUUUUGUGUCCAUAGGUCAAAACUGAUGUGAUUGAUUUUUAUUUUUUAUUUUUUUUCCCCUUAUUAUGUUGGCACAUUUAGGCCGUUGUUUUCCCAAAAAGUGGUGCAUUUCAUGUUUUUAGCAAAGCACCUUUUACUGGGGAUGAGUUUCAUAGGAAGGGGGUGGAAGUGAGCUGAGGAAAAGCCAAGCGUAAACAGCUGAUAGUGGAGCGGAGCUGAGACUCGGACCGGAGGACGCCCAGCUCUCUUCCUGCAGUUCUCCUCCACCCUCCAGCUGGAAACGCUGUUUUUAUUCACAUCUUGUUGUUUUGACUGUUAACUAUUCGCUGAAUCUACCUUGUCAACAUGCGCAAUCCAAAGAUAUUUUUCCAUAUCUGUGUAUAUUUUCGGAGGUUUUCUUGGUGUAUAUUUUUUAAUGGAAUGUGUUAUCUAUUAUUCUGAUGGUAAAUGGGUACAUAUCAUGGCUGCGUACAAGCCGGAGCCACGGAGGAAGCUGGGGGGGGACCCCACACUCUGCCCCUGCAAGGAAAAAAAUCCAAUAAAUAGAUCUUGCUGUGAUCAAGAAAUAACAACAGAAUGAAAUGGACAUUAAAAGAUAUCCACGUCUCAUCUGUUUUUCAGGAAGCCACUUCAGUUUAUGUCCAGAUGUUGUUACUUGGUGAAAAAGUAACUUUUUAGAGUUGAAUGAAGUGCAAAACAGACAAAAAGUUAUUUUGUUUUUCCUUUGGUUUAACGUAAGAUAAGCUGUCAUUUUACAAGAUGUAAAUUACAGAUUUUUUUUCUGUUGUUGAUAUUGAUGUAAAUACAAAUUUAUAUUUAAAAACUUUUGACUCCGGCUCCAAUGACAUUGUGACUGCGCAGUGAUACGUCCGUGAUGAAAUCCUGGAGAAAUUAGUUGGGGAGUGGGGGGUUGGAGAGGAUGGUUGAUGUUCCUAGGACUGUUCUGGACCUGCUGGACCCGCUCUGGCAGCUCCGGCUGCUCCGGGUGAAACUGGAACCACCGCUGCCUUCUCUUUCCACAGCUUUUCCCUGACCUUCAUCCCUAGCUACUCUCCCAGCUUCUCGUCCUCCUCCUGCCCGAUGUCCAUGUCCCUUGG